UGAAAAAACGUGGAAGUGACAUAGUUUUGGUGAAGGAGGAUUAUGAGCUUACGCAUGAACCAGUGUCACACGGGGUUAAGGAGUCAUGUGACUGUCGAUGCCGGAAGCUUCACUCCAGUGAAGACUGGAAAUGCUGCCGGUGUGUAUGGACUGACGAGGUUUGUUUCCCUGGUGACGCGCACGUGCAGCUUCCAUCUGGGCACUCAAUCCCUAUGUCUGCCCUCAAAGUCGGCCAGAAAGUGUUGACGGUGAAUGAGGACGGAACGCCUAGCUACACGGAAGUGUUGACUUUUCUUAAGCGUCAUCCACGGACUGACGCUGUGUACUGGAAUAUCAGGACAGACAAGUCCAACAUACGCAUGACGCCACGUCAUAUUGUCUUCACAUCCGCGUCAAACGACACGGCCACAAGGCAACCCAGAUUCGCUCAUGACGUUUCGGUUGGGGAUUACCUCUUCAGUGCCAGCUCAUCCAACAUCACUUCAUCGAAAGUCCUGGAAAUCACCAGUCAAAUUAUGACAGGUGUAUACGUUCCCCUGACGGAGACUGGUACUUUGGUUGUUGACGAACUACUGGCGUCCUGCUACUCGUCCGUAGACCAUUACAUUGCACAUGCAUUCGUUACCCCGAUUCGGUGGUUUCCGUCUUUGUUCCGAUUUCACGGAGAGGAUUAUGGGAUGCCCGGGUAUGUCUCCUUCAUGAAGUGGCUGGCACAUAAGAUCCUUCCAUCGACUUAUCAGGGUCGGUAUGGACAGAAGAAAAGCGGUGGAGAAUUAACAUUUACUGGGGCGCACUUUAUGAGUUUGGAUUUAUGAACACCGUGUGAAAAUGGACAUACGGAAUACCCGAAUCGUGAUGCUUUUGUGUCUGGUCUCAAUGUCUGCUGAAUUUAUCUUUUUUUUUACAUAAUAUGUGGAAUAAUCUGUAAAUAAAUUAUUUGAUAUAAGUUUUAUGCUUUGUUGUUUGAAAACAUUUUUGAAUAAUUUACGCCUGUGACCGUGAAAUAUCACUACGCCACAUACAGUUUCAGCGCACUUUUUUCUCGCUUGUAAGACGUCAAGCAC